AUGGCGAGCCCUGCUGGAAACAUCUCCUUUGAGGACUAUCUCGGCCUCUCUGGCUGCAUCUUCGAGUGGGCCGACAGCUACGACUCCAAGGACUGGGAUCGUCUCAGGAAAUGCAUUGCCCCUGAGCUUCGCAUUGACUACCGCUCCUUCCUCGACAAGAUCUGGGAGGCCAUGCCCGCGGAGGAGUUCAUCGCCAUGAUCUCGGACAAGUCCGUCCUCGGCAACCCCCUUCUUAAGACCCAGCACUUCAUCGGCGGCACCCGCUGGGAGAAGGUCUCCGAGACCGAGGUCAUCGGACACCACCAGCUCCGCGUGCCCCACCAGAAGUACACCGACGCCUCCCGCAAGGAGGUUGCCGUCAAGGGCCACGCUCACAGCUACAACAAGCAUUGGUACAAGAAGGUCGACGGCGUCUGGAAGUUCGCUGGUCUCGCUCCCGAGAUCCGCUGGUCAGAGUACGACUUUGAGGCUGUCUUCGCCGAUGGACGUGAUUCCUUCGGUGCUGAGGAGACUAUCGACAAGAAGAACAAUGUCUCUGUUGUCGAGAAGGAGCUCAAGCAUCCCAGCGCGCUUCGGAUCUGGAGGAGCAAGUUCACAACCAACAUCUUCAGUUACCACGGCUCAGGCGUCUGGUUCAGGGCCUAUGAGUUUGGUCCUGUCAAGUUCUCUCCUACCAGCGCUACUGAAGAGUGGGGUACGUACGAUAAGGAUGUCAAUGCCCUCACUAACCCCAGCAACCUUGCUGCUGCUGGUUUCUUGAUUCGACCUAACCGUCUUACUCUACAUAAGCUCUCUGGUACCGACUUCUACCUCAACUGCGGCUAG